AUCCACUAACUUUGGUUGACACUAGAGCAAAUUCAAAUCAUCAUAGGAAAACACGAAGACUAAACAAGACAAUACAAGAUGCUGCUGAAUCCGGCGUCCGAGGCGGCGGUGCUGGAGAGCAUCCGGCAGCAGCUCAUGGAGGACACGCCGGCGCAGCGGCCGGUGUACUGCCGGAGCGCGAGCUUCGGCAGCCUGGUGGCCGACCAGUGGAGCGAGUCGCUCCCGUUCCGCCCCAACGACGCCGAGGACAUGGUCGUCUACGGCGCCCUCCGCGACGCCUUCUCCUGCGGCUGGCUCCCCGACGGCUCGUUCGCCGCCGUCAAGCCGGAGCCCGUGCUCUCCCCUGACUCCUACGACGGUUCUUGCCUCGGCAGCUUCCUCGCGUCGCCUGGGCCGGAGACGCCGGACGAGGUGGCGUCGAUGACGCCAAGGUUCGAGGAGGGCGAGGUGGCGGCCUCGGCGUCGAGGGGGAAGCACUUCAGAGGGGUGAGGCAGCGGCCGUGGGGCAAGUUCGCGGCGGAGAUCCGGGACCCUGCCAAGAACGGCGCGCGCGUGUGGCUCGGCACGUUCGACAGCGCCGAGGACGCCGCCGUGGCGUACGACCGCGCCGCCUACCGCAUGCGCGGCUCCCGCGCGCUCCUCAACUUCCCGCUCCGCAUCGGCUCCGAGAUCGCGGCGGCAGCCGCAGCAGCCGCGGCCGUGGGAGACAAGCGUCCGUGCCCGCAGCCGGCGAGCUCCGACUCCUCUUCUUCUCCCUCCUCCAGCACCUCCGGGUCGUCGAAGCGGAGGAAAAGAGGCGAGGCUGCGGCGGAGUCCAUGUCCAUGGCCCUGGUGCCGCCGCCGACGCCGGUGCAGGCUCCGGUCCAGCUGACCCUCCCAGCCCAGCCGUGGUUCGUCGCCGGUCCUGUUCAGCAGCUAGUGAGCUAAAGCGGCGAAUGAAUCAGUGACCAUUCUCGUGAGCGAUUAGUCGUUUGAGGGAAGCGUUGAGCAAGAGCAAGCCGAGGAACAGAGAGCACGAAGAAGGCGUCAAUGGCGUAAUGCAUCGCCCAAAGAAACGUGAUCGAUCAGUUGGAGAUGUGUGUUCCUGUGUGGUUUGGUGUGGAAUUUGUCGCGAGAGUUACUGGCGUCGGCACAGUAGCAAGUGGUGAAGUGGAGAAACUUGUAGUAUGUGAAAAGUAGUGAUGCAAAAACUUGCACAAACGUUUCUACAAUGGAGAAUAUUUAGAGA